AUGAGUUGGGCCCGUCCGCCCGUCUAUUUCCAGAGACAUCCAUUCUACGAUGUCUUGGCCACACUUCUCCCGGCGACGCCCAUCAAGUGCGACGGACGCUUGCGGCACGAACGUUCGCGGUUCAACCAGCGUUUUCAAUUCCACUUCCUGGCGCGUCACAUGAACGACAUCCGCGCGUCAUUGACGAGUAACACCGGGAAGGACUCGGAGCUCGAGGUGCAGGUUCUCGUCCGUCUAUUCACGGACGAAGGGAGCGGCGCACUGGAGGACAACUACCCUGCCAAUUUCAGUUUGAAGGUGAACAACCGGGCCUGCGCGUUGCCGCCAUCGAUUUCUGUACCCGCGCCCGGCGGUACGACAUUGCGGGUGCGCCCACCCGUCAACAUAGUGUCCAACUGCUUUCUGUAUCCUCGCGUGAAGAACGACCUUUUGCUGGUUUGGCAGCCCGAAGCGGACCGCCAGUACUUCGUCGGCGUCUUCCUCGUUCGGAGGCAAUCGACAGUCACGGCUCUUCGCAAGCUGCAGCAGAAAAGAGUGAAACGUGCGGCCCACACCAGCGCCCAGACCUUAGAGCUGAUCAAAGCGCCGGAAAGAGCGAGCGGUGGCGACGACAUCGAGGUGACGAGAGUCGCAGCUUCUCUCACUUGCCCGCUCAGCAAGGUACGGAUGAGAGUCCCAUGCCGCGCGCUCGGAUGCAGGCACAUUCAGUGCUUCGACGCGCACAGCUACUUGCAGAGCAACGAGACGCGGCCCACGUGGAUGUGCCCCGUGUGUGGUGGGCGGGCCGCGUUUUCUUCGUUGGUCGUCGACCAACUUUUCGUGCACAUUAUUGAGAAAGCGCCGGCUGACUGCGACAGCGUCGUUAUCCGCAAGGACGGCUUCUGGUACCCGUCGCGAAAAGAUGACUGUCCUACGUGGCGAAGCCUCGUCAUCUGCUAG